UUGAGGUUUUCUACUGGAUGGGACUGAGUGACCUGGAGACAGAGGGACAGUGGAUUUGGGUGGACAGCACACCUCUCAAUGAGACUGGAGCCGUAUUCUGGAAGAAAGGGUCUGAUGGACAGGGUGAACCAGAUAACUGGAAGGAGGAAGACCCUUCUGGGGAGAACUGUGCACUUUUCACCGAAUCUGGACAUUGGCGUGACAACUCCUGCAAGAAGCUGCAUACAUUUGUGUGUGAGACGCUAGCCACCUCUAGGGUCUGUCCUGAUGGGUGGGCUCACAACAGUGGGAAGUGCUACCUCCUCUCUUCCACUGGAAAGACCUGGAGUCAGAGUGGAGAUCACUGCAUCACAUUGGGGGGGCAUCUGGCCAUUGUGAAAAGUCAAGAGGAACAGUAUUUUCUAUCCCAAAGUGCCAUUGAGGUUUUCUACUGGAUGGGACUGAGUGACCUGGAGACAGAGGGACAGUGGAUUUGGGUGGACAGCACACCUCUCAAUGAGACUGGAGCCGUAUUCUGGCUGAAAAGGUCUGAUUGGCAGGAUGAACCAGAUAACUGGAAGGGGGAAGACCCUUCUGGGGAGAACUGUGCACUGUACACCAAACAAGGAGACUGGCUUGACCACUCCUGCAAGAAGCUGCAUACAUUUGUGUGUGAGACGGUAGCCACCUCUAGGGUCUGUCCUGAUGGGUGGGCUCACAACAGUGGGAAGUGCUACCUCUUCUCCUCCACUAGAAAGACCUGGAAUCAGAGUCGAGAUCACUGCAUCACAUUAGGGGGGCAUCUGGCCAUUGUGACCAGUCAAGAGGAACAGUAUUUUCUAUCCCAAAGUGCCAUUGAGUAUUUAUACUGGAUGGGACUGAGUGACCUGGAGACAGAGGGACAGUGGAUUUGGGUGGACAGCACACCUCUCAAUGAGACUGGAGUCGUAUUCUGGAAGAAAGGGUCUGAUGGACAGGAUGAACCAGAUAACUGGGAGGGGGAAGACCCUUCUGGGGAGAACUGUGCAGUUUUCACCAAAUUUAAAGGCUGGCAGGACAACUCCUGCAAGAGGCUGCAUACAUUUGUUUGCGAGACAGUAGCCACCGAAUAGACUGGAUUAGAUUGAAUAUUCAGCUGCUACAUAUGGAGGCUUUUAAAAAAAUAUAUUUUCAUUAAAUUUAGUUAUUGCUUCACUAUGGUU